AUGAAUAUAAUUCGCAAAUUCAGUGUUUCGACGGCGGCGAGAAACACUUCCACCUCUGUGAUAGCUGAGAAACGGAUCAAGAAUCGCUACGAUCGAUUUCUGAAACUGACCAGCGAGAAAGUCGGUUUGCAAGUGCCAAAGGGCAACCAUGAGAGUGUCAUAGCGAUAUAUUUCCUUGACAUCUUGGAUCGGCGAGGGUUCCGUCGCGAGACAGAUAAAGUUAGGUGGACAGAUAAGCUCAGGUUGGGAGAGAAACUUCCAGAACCACCAGCGCAAUACACACCGGAAUCCAUUAACAAGUAUGUGACAUCAGUGUCAGAACUGGAUUUCCGGCGAUACCGCGACCUUUUGCCACAUAUCACUCGGAUCUACAACCUAGUGUCAAACUCGCCGGAUCUGACACGGCUUUCUUUCAAGCGAAUUAUCCAGUAUUUUGCCAAAACAUACAUGACGCUUGAAUGUUUUGAGGUGAGAGACAAAAUGAUCAAGAUGGGCCACCAGCCCGACACAGAGGUGAUCAACUUGCUUCUGGAGACAACGCUACAAAAACAUCAUCCCAACAGAAUUGCAAAUGUGCUGGAAAACUUGCAAAUAAUGGACAAAUACCAUCUUCUGCCGAACGAAACAACGUUCCAUGUCAUGUUUCGGGGACUCAGAGACUUGGAUCUCAAAAAAGCGAUAUACAGAAAAAUGGAGACGCUAAAGAUAGAUAUGCGACCGGUGCAAGACGAGGUGUUUGAGUAUCUGUCGCUGGACAAUAGAGAUCUGAGUGAAAUUCGGACGGCGAUGCAGGACCACGGAGUUCGGACAACUAGCGUUGCAGUGACCACCAAGGCGGUCAAGGAGCUGCUGGCCAGGGGCAAAGCCAACGAGGCUUGGCAGUUGACGUUAGAUACCGCGCAAGCAAACGAAAAAUCAAGUCCUAGUUUUCGCGUUGUCCGCAACUUUCUCUGGCAUUUUGUUUUAACGGGUGAAAUCUACUUUGCUAUUGCCCUAACGAAUUUUCUCAAGAAAAAAUUUCCCGAUUACGAGGACCUGGAGAACUGGAAGAUACUGGUCCACGGCAUGGUGUAUGUGAACCAGUCCGAGCACUGGGACCUACUGGCGAAAAAGCUGUACCAGCUGAACUAUAAGGCCGCCAGGUACAGCAAGCGAAGUAUCUAUUUUGAUGCCGAAGAAAUUGCCAAAAUUAACGCCGCGUCCGCCAACCCAAGAUUCGACAUUCGCGAGCCGUUUGCCAAUAACAUUCAGCAGCUCGUUAUGGACGAGAUUUUUCGGCGAUUAAUCUGGCAGGAUAACCCGGAGUUCGACUUGGAAAACAACGAUCCGAAUUUCAGAGAGGCUGCAAGGCUGUUAAUACAAUAG